AUGUCGAAGCUGAACAUCGACAAUUUGAAGAAAGGCAUCGCCGGGAUCCUGGAAGGAAGUAAGGAGAAGCAGCGAAAGUUCCUCGAGACAGUGGAGCUUCAGAUCGGCCUCAAGGAUUACGACACCCAGCGAGACAAGCGCUUCGCAGGCACCAUCAAGCUUCCUCACGUGCCGCGUCCGCGCUUGAAGGUGUGUGUGCUGGGAGAUGCGGUUCACUGCGAGCAGGCGCAGCGCGCCAACAUCCCCUUCAAGAGCGUGGAGGACCUGAAGAAGCUGAACAAGAACAAGAAGAUGGUGAAGAAGCUCGCAGACAGCUUCGAUGCCUUCCUGGCAUCGCAG